AUGAAUAAACAAUUAAAAGAAUUUCAAGAAUACCUACCCAAGUGUCGGAAGAUUAUUGCAUUAGUGGGGGCCGGACUUUCUGCUUCUUCAGGGUUACCUACCUUUAGGGGUUCACAAGGUUUAUGGAAAAAUUUCAAUAUGAUAGAUUUAGCUACUCCAGACGCAUUUUACAUUGAUCCAGGAUUAGUUUGGCAGUUUUAUUCAUGGAGACGAUAUGGGGCAUUACGUGCCAAGCCAAACAAGGGUCAUUAUGCCUUGAGCAAAUUAUCCCAUAAGUUUAACUCAGAUGAAUAUAUCACUAUUACACAAAAUGUUGAUGGAUUACUGAGUCGAAGUGGACAUAAUCUCGAUAGUUUAUAUGAGAUUCAUGGAUCAUUAUUUGAUUUGAAAUGUACUAGUUUUAUGUGUAAUUAUGUUGAUCAUAAUAAUUUCAAACAACCAUUAACUAAAGCAUUGGAAGAUACUGAAUUUGAAUAUAGCAAUUUGAGUACCAGAAAACGUACUUUUGGUGAUAGUGACGGCAAUGACGGGGUUGAUAUUUCAUUGUCACCUCAGUUUAACCCAGUGAAAACAAUUCUGGAAAAAGAUCUACCUUCAUGUCCUGUAUGUCAUGACUUGUUGCGACCAGGAGUAGUUUGGUUUGGCGAAUCAUUACCUUUGAAUUUGAUUACUGAAAUUGAUAGUUUCGUUGAGCUGGACCCAUCAGUUGAUUUGAUUUUAGUCAUUGGAACAAGUGGUACAGUGUAUCCUGCCAAUAGUUAUGUCGAAAGAGUGAGGUUGAAAGGGGGGAAAGUUGCGAUAUUUAAUACUGAUAUUGAGGACAACAUUCUAAAUGGCAAAGUCGAAGAUACUUGGGGGUUUAAAGGUGAUGCAGCUGAGUUAUUACCUAUUGCAUUAAAGCCAUUGAUUGGUGAUAUAUAA